AUGGCCUGGCCGCGGCCGCACGUGCUUGACCGCCGCGCUUGCCUAGCCACCUACGGGUGUGCUUGGCUGGACGUCACCACGCUUGCCUGGCCGCUUGCGAGCGUGCUUGCCUUGACGCCGCUGCGCGUGCUGGCCGCUGUUAUGUUCCUGGACGCCGCUGCUCCAACCGCCACCCUGGCGGCGCCGGCCGCGUCACCAUGGAGCACAUCAUGGAGGUCAUCGGCAGCAUCCGGAGCGUCGUCCGCGGCGAGGCCGACGCGACGGAGACGGACGCUCGGGCGCGCGCUCCCUUCAAGCGCCGCCUCGACAUCCCGACCCCGUGCACCACCGCUCCAAAUACCAAGCGCCGCCUCGACGUCACCCCGUACACCUCCUCCACCCCGAAGAGCAGGCGCCGCCUCGCCGACUCCCCGUACACCUCCUCCACCCCGAAGACCAGCCGGCGCCGCGGAGGAGCACCCGGUCGAGGUGAUCGGCCGCAUCCGGAACCUCACCGCCGACGCAUCUGCCCUGGAGAUCGGCGCGACGUCCGUGCGCGUGCGCGUGCCCUCCCACGACGCGGGGGGCGGCCGCGACUUCACCCUCGACGGCGUGUCGGCGUCGGAGGAGGAGGGCCUCGAGGGGUUCUACGGACGGUUCGUGCGGUCCAGGGUGGAGGGCGUGCGUGCGGGCGCCAAGUGCACGGUCAUGGUCUACGGCGCCACGGGGUCCGGGAAGAGCCACACCAUGUUCGGCUGCGCCGACCAGCCCGGCAUCGUCUUCCGGGCGCUCUGGGACGUACUGGGAGGAGGCGGCGGCAACGGCUGCGAGCCCGUCCAGGUGUCCUUCCUGGAGAUUUACAACGAGGAGGUCUACGAUCUGCUCGCCGGAACCGGAGGAGCGAACGCCAAAGGACUCAAGCCCAAGGUGAGGCUAGAAGUAAUGGGAACCAAAGCCAGGAAUGCCACAUACAUUUCUGAAAAUGAAGCUGGGAAGAUAGCAAGAGAAGUUGCCAAAGUGGAGAAGCGACGUGCUGUGAAGAGCACAAAUUGCAAUGCAAGGAGUUCCCGGAGCCACUGCAUGAUAAUCGUGGAUGUGCCGUCAGUGGGAGGAAGGCUCAUGCUUGUUGACAUGGCUGGCUGUGAGAACAUAGAAGCUGUAGGCCAAACUGGCCAUGAAGCCAAAUCUGAGACCGGAACUAUCAACCAAGGAAACACCACAUUGAAACGGGUGGUUGAGUCGAUUGCCAACGGCGACUCUCAUAUACCAUUUCGGGACAGCAAGCUCACAAUGCUGUUACGGGAUUCAUUUGAGAACGAGAGAUCAAAAAUCCUUAUGAUCCUGUGUGCAAGUCCUGACCCAAAGGAACUUCACAAGACGAUAUCCACCCUGGAGUAUGGGUCUAGAGCGAAAUGCAUCACCCGGGCUGCUCAUGCAUCAAUACCAAGGGACAAGGUGAGCUCCAAAGAGGCCCACAAUGAGGAAGUGAUCAGAGUUGCCGAGGAGACUCAGUUCCUGUGGGGUGAGCUAAGGACAACAGAAGACAAGCUCCUUAUGCAGCAGCAAGAACUCAUUGCCAUGAAGCAGCGGCUGCAAGAGGUCGAGCGUGAGAAGCUAUGCAUGGAUGAAUAG